GCGCUACCUGCUACACAUGGUGAUCUGUGUGCUGUCGCUGGGUGUGGUGGUCCGCUAGGUGUGUCAUCCCCUUGCUAUGCGCGCGUUAAAUAUAAAGCUUCCAUCACCACGGCUUCAUCGCAGCAGAGACACGAAGAGGAGGAGGAUCCAUGGGGGAAGCUGGGGUUGUAGCCAACAACAAGUUCUGCAGAAGGCCGCUUCUCCUCGUCCUUGUCGUCGUCGUCGUGCUCGUGGGAAGCUGCUGCGCUGAGGCCGCCGCCACCGCCGCGGCAGAUGAGCUGAUCAGCAGCAAGGACGGCGCCGGUGGCGGCAGUAGUAGGACGAGGAGGAGGAGGACCAGGAGGCGUGCCGCGGUGGCGGCACCCCUGAUGGUGCCCAUCACCGUCCUCAAGUCCGCCGUCGACGCGGGAGCCGUGUGUAUGGAUGGAACACCGCCUGCUUACCACUUGGAUCCUGGCUCGGGGGCGGGAAACAAUAGCUGGAUUGUAAACCUUGAGGGAGGCGGUUGGUGCAACAACGUGAGGGCUUGCCAGUUCCGCAAGACCAGUCGCCGAGGCUCGUCGGACCUCAUGGAGAAGGAGAUCCCCUUCGGAGGCAUCAUGAGCAACAGCCCCGUCGACAAUCCUGAUUUCUACAGCUGGAACCGGGUGAAGAUCCGCUACUGCGACGGCGCGUCCUUCGCCGGCGAAGGCUUCGACAAGGAGAAUGGGUUUUACUUCCGGGGGCAGCGCAUCUGGGACGCCACCAUCCGGCACCUCCUCUCCAUCGGGAUGGCCUCUGCAGACAAGGUGCUGCUCACCGGCUGCUCCGCCGGCGGCCUGGCGGCGAUACUCCACUGCGACGAGUUCCGGGCCUUCUUCCCGCCGACCACCACCGUGAAGUGCCUCGCCGACGCGGGCCUCUUCCUCGACGCUGCUGAUGUCUCUGGCGGCCGCAGCCUGAGGUCCUACUAUUCAGACAUCGUGGCGAUGCAGGGCGUGGCUCCAAACCUGCCGCCGGCCUGCACGGCCCGUCUCGACACCACCUCGUGCUUCUUCCCUCAAAAUGUGAUCGAUGGCAUAAACACCCCCAUCUUCCUGCUAAACGCAGCGUACGACGUCUGGCAGAUCCAGGAGAGCCUGGCACCCGAUGGAGCUGAUCCCAGCGGCGCCUGGCGAACCUGCAAGUCCAACCGCUCUGCUUGCGACGCAUCCCAGCUAACGUUCCUGCAAGAUUUCAGGGACCAGAUGGUGGCAUCCGUGAAAGGUUUCUCUGGCUCCAGAAGCAACGGCCUGUUCAUCAACUCCUGCUUUGCGCACUGCCAGUCCGAGCUGCCGACCACCUGGAGCAACGCAGCAGGCGGCUCCCCUGCCAUUCAAAACAAGGGGAUCGCAAAAUCAGUUGGCGACUGGUACUUCGGCCGAGCUCAAGUGAAGGCGAUCGACUGCCGCUACCCAUGCGAUGGAACAUGCCGCAACAUCAUAUGACAAAGAUCCUGUUGUUGUACCUUGUGGUUUUUGUGUUGUGCACACAUCGUCUGCGUUCAAGAGAGUAGAGAGUGUACAUCACGUUGAUUUGUGAAACAGAGAAAGCAAAUGAAUGCAACCAUUAAAAGGAACGAUAUCUUGAUACAA